GCACAAUAAUUAUAAGUGUCUGACUUGAAAUGAGAAUAUGGCAGACACGCAAAUUGUCACGUGAUAUCUGUGAUUGAGACCUGCGCCCGUAGGCUGUACUGUCGACAAGUAUACCGAGCCGAGGGUUUACUUUAAUACUUUAUUAUUCAUUUCAUUUCCAAAGUUACUCAAGAUCUCUCCUUUCGAAGUUCGGUUAAUUGUAGCUGGAGCCGGGCUCAACACAUACAUCAAAUUGCAGUUUGACACAUUUUUGGCUUGCCAAGUUGCCAUCAUGGUUUCAGUGGUUAUCUCUGUGAUCUUGACAACAGUUGUAGUGACUUUAGCUAUCUUCAUUGGAAGGCUGAGGAGAAGAAGACGAGCUGGAAUGUCUUUCAGAAGUGAGCAUGUUAUUGUCUUUACUCGCUACCCAGAACCUGGUACCACAAAGACAAGACUUAUUCCAGAUCUCGGGGAAGCUGCAGCUGCAACUCUGCAGCUGUGCUUGACCAAUCAUAUUCUAGAGGUUCUUCAGUUGGUGCAAGCCAAGCGACCGUGGGUAUCAGUUGAGAUCAAGUACACUGGAGGCUCAAGGAAACAAGUCAACUACUGGCUAAGUAGCCAUCGCAGAAGACGACUAAGAUGUCGCUGGUCUGAGCAGACUGGUCUAGGAUUAGGGGAGAGAAUAGUCAAUGCAUUCCAUGCUGCCUUUGCUAGGAAGAAGCAGAGAGUUAUAUUGAUUGGGAGUGAUAUUCCAGCAAUUGAUGCUGACACAAUCUGCUCUACCUUUGACAAAUUAUCCCUUGGAACGUGCAAUAUGAUAUUAGGACCUGCUAAAGAUGGAGGCUACUAUCUGGUAGGACUCAGUCAGAAUGAAGGAGAAGAAUCUAUAGAUCUUAAUCCUCUCUUCAUGAGCUCUGAUAUAGAGUGGGGUACAAGUAAAGUUCUACAGCAGCAAAGAAAAGUUGCCCAACAAUGUCAAGUGAGGCUAGAGAUACUCCCUAGAAUAUUGCAAGAUGUGGAUACUAUAGAAGAUUUAGUGGAAAUUGAGAGGUCUACAGGGUAUACAGUGGAUCAAAUCAGGACACCAUUCCUUUCUGUUAUCAUUCCAGUUUUUAAUGAAGCUCCUUUUAUACAACAGACACUCCAAAAUGUAACAGAGCGAUGUUCUUUUCCAAAUUUUAUAGAGAUCAUCGUAUGUGAUGGAGGCAGUGAGGACAACACGCAACAACUUGUGACAGAAUUUGCAGAAAACAAUAAAAGAGUCCCUAUAAAACUUGUAACUGGGUUAAAAGGAAGGGGUAGACAACUCAACAAAGGUGCUAUGUUUUCAAAAGGAGACAAUUUUCUUUUCUUACAUGCUGACACCAAGUUACCUCAAGGUUUUGAUGCCUCAGUGGUUCUUACUCUCUCUACUCCUGGAGUGAGUGCAGGGGCAUUUGAGUUUAGUCUGGAUUGUAACCAUUGCUCAGAAUCUGAAAGGUCUGAGUUUGAUUAUUCAAAACUAUUUGAAUUUGAAAUGAAGGUAUUGGAAUGGGGAACCAAUAUGAGGGCAAAAAGAUUUGAGCUUCCAUAUGGAGACCAAGCUUUGUUCAUGUCAAGGGCGAUAUUUAAAAGUGUUGCUAUGUUUCCUGAUUAUUUAAUCAUGGAAGAUUAUGAAAUGGUGUGCAAACUUCAAGGAGAAGGACAUAUCCAGAUUGUAGAAGGGAAGCAGGCCAUCACAUCAUCAAGGCGGUAUGCAAGACAUGGAUAUCUUAUGACUGUGGUGUUGAACUCUCUCAUCAUUAUGGCUUACAAUCUGGGAAUCCACCCUAAUGCUUUGGCUAGACUCUACUACGGAAGACGGCUUAACCAUGGAAACUGAAAUAUCAUUGUCGUAGGAAUUUCCUCCAUCAUCUCAAUUGUCGAUGUCAUCACCAUCAUCAUCUUAGUCUGUCAUCAAUAUCCUUGGCAUCAUCAUCACCACCCACCAUCAUUAUCAUAACUACCAUCACCAUCAUCAUCGUCACCAUCCUCAUCAUAAUCAUCACCAUCAUCAUCGUCAAACAUCAGAUCAAGGAUGCCAGCAUGAUGUGUGUGGAGAAGGCCAAGGACAAUAUCUUCUGUAUUCGUAACAUGUAAUAAGUGUGCUCUGGAUACAAAUCAUUAAACUGAACUGUAAUAAGCAAGUGGUAUUUAUUUUACCCUAUCAUGUACCAGCUUUGUCAACAGAUUUUAUGAGAUAUUUACAAAUGAAAUCAUUAUUUAUUCUAAUGUCAAGAAAACAACUGGAAUAUUUGUUCAUAUUUAUUCUUGUGUUUUGUUAAUUUACUAACAACCUGUUGAAUCUUGCAAAUAUUGACAUGAAAUACUUAUUAGUUUCAUUAGUUGAUAUGAUAUAAUCAUCAUAAAUUUAUUUACAAAGAUAUUUUAUUGAUGCACUUAUUUUAUUUGUUUAAUUCUGCUGAGUGAGUCAUAAUUUUGAUAACAAUAUGUUAUAUUGGCAAAUAUGUUUUAAACAAUUCAAAAUUGUAUAUUUGUCAUACUUUUCUGGUGGCAUGAUGUGAAUUUAUCAAUAUUUUAUGAAUGAGAACUCGAUGUAUGGAAGCUCAUUACAACAUGCAUAAAUGCUUGUACAGUGAAUACCAUUUAUAUGUCAGUAUUAAAACAAAUUAUAUUUUAUUGAUGGAAUACAAUUCUAGUUAUACUCAUGAUCUAUGCUGCAUUGUAUUUAUUAUAGAUUUCAUUUUUGCAUGAUUAUACAAUGUCUGAAAAUGAGCCCAUAUUCACUUUGAUAUAGUAUUGUAAUAUAUUUGAGUUUACUCUGCUUUUUUUUCUUAGUGUCUUGGUUUCCAAUAAAUUUCCUUCCAGGAAAACUGAACUAUUUUGGAAUAAUUUGUUUGUUAUUCCAUGAAAUCUCAUCAUGAUUUGAAUAUCUAGAGAAUAAUUGUGGAAUAAAACCAAAAGUGCAAUCUGCUAAUAUACAGGUACUUUGAUGUACUGCAUGAAAUUUAUUGAACAACACUAAAAAGAAAUUGGAAUAGCUAUUUCCUCAGUGGUGUCGUGAAUAAUUGUGAAUUUAACAAGAUUAAAGCUAAAUGAUAGUAGUUGCAGUAAAACACUAAUUUCGUGAGAAAGUCUGUAAAACCAAGGUUAAGUAAGACUAUAUCAUCGUGGAUCUAGAUCUGGUAUAGUUACAUAAACUGAACUUUGUGAAAUCAUAAAAUCUAAGCUGAAAUACGAUCACACUGAAAAUCGCCAACACAGAUAGGCACACGUGGGACAGUGUAUUAUUAUUGCUGGAAUAAAGACCCGACGGAAGUGACCGAAUCCGCGCUUAUUUUGCUUAUUUCUCAGCAAUUACACAAUUUCUUCCAGAAUCCUUUGGCACAUAUUUUUUAUUUAUACAAACAGACACUUGGGUGGUCAUUAUAUUAGAUUCUGUAAAAAGUCAUUUUGAGAUCGUUACCAGAACUGGAAUUUAUCUUUAAAAGAAAAAGAUUGAAAGCAGAUAAUUGGAUGAAGGAUAAGAGUGAAACUUGGUGAGAGAUAGGGCCGAUGAAUAGCCGAGUCUGGAUGAAUAACAGCCAAAAUACAGGAUCAAAGAAUAUCAAAAAAUCUUCCAAUCUUUUUUCAAUGAACGGUAGAAUCUGUUUUAAAGGGCAACUCCUUUUGUGGUAAAGAUGAAAACAAUAACUUAAGGUUUCAGUUCUCUUCAUAGUAUUUCAGGAAGAAUAUUACAUUAAAAUGAGCAUUCCACUGCAAAGCAUUGUCUUUGACCUUGGCUAUGAUCCAAAAUUAAAAUAUGUUCACCAGUUGUGCCAUUCAUGCUUUUCUGUGUGCAGUACCUCUGACUCUUAACAGACUUUAAUAAAAUCUUCUUGUAAUUUUGGUGCAUACACUUUUUUCCCAUGAAUUUUAAUUAACAUACAUGUAUAUCAAUCAUCUUCAGGCAGUUCAUUCAAUCUCAAGACAAGAAAUGAUCAGUUUUAAGCAUCUCUUUUUAAAGGCUACAUUUACUUAUUCUUUCAAGGGCAUGUCUGAUGAAAUAGGGAAUUGGCUAAGGUGAAUAAUUCUUUGAAAUAUGAUGGUUGUGUAAUUGUAGUUGUACUGUAAAAUAAAGAUAGGACCAGAGAAUAUCAAAACGGUGUGCUUCUUUCAAUGUGCAGAAGAGUACAAACACCUGCUUUUAAAGACCACAUCCUCUUCUCUAUUUGAUAACCUCUAAUUACCAAUUGUCUACUCUUCUUAUAAUUAAUGUUAUUUAUGUCCUGUCUAGUAUACUGAUCAUGCACGAGUUUCAGGUCACAUGACCAGGGCCAAAGGCCAUUUAUGAUAAAUGAACAUUUACCAUGUUUUUUGGCUAUCAACAUUGAAAUCUUAACCAAGGUUAAAUUUUUGAAAUGUCACAACUUUCAAAGUAUAUGGAUCUAGUUCAUGAAACUUGGACAUAAUAUUCAAUUGUCUUGGGUAUUUUUUGAAAUGUCAUAAGCUUGAAAGUGAAUGGAUCUAAUGCAUGAAACUCGGACUCAUGGGUUAUCGAGUCACACUGAUCAUUUUGCACAAAUUUCAGAUCAAAGGUCAUUCAGGCCCAAUAAACUUAGUAUUUUUUAUCAUCACAUGUAAUGAUGUAUGGUGUUUUUGUGAAUGAAUUAUUCAUCUUGGUUGUUUUCAAAGUCAGCUCUGUUGCUGUAUUGAAUCACCUUCAAAAUGCUUUAACUUAUUUCUAUUCCAUUUUUUAAAAUUAAUUUUGUUCUGUUUGCUCUCCAAUUCAAAUUGACGUCAUAUCAGUACAUGGAACCCAUCCAAGAGGAUUCAUUAUGUCUUACCAUUUAAAGCAGAAGUAUUACAAAUCAUUUUAUAAAAGAUGUAUUUUUCUGAUUUUCUUUGUCACUUACAUUAUAAGAAAAGAAAUGUGUUUAAAAUCACUUAGAGUACUUCUUUUGUUGUUUGAAUUUAGUCAAGAAAGUUUGAAUCUAGGAUAGAUAAUAUUGGGUAUGAAACUAUAGGCCUAUAUUAGAAAUUUUGUAAAGCACAAUUUCCUUACAUUCCUGUAUUAUAAACGCAUUUAUUUAGAAAGAUUAGUUCAUCCACUUCUGUGAUUGCAAGAAAAUCAUCAUGUAUUGAAUCAAUGCUGCAUGUUUUUCUGUCAAUAUUUACGAUAUCUGAUGCACUUGCCAAAAUAAAUUUUUGAAAUAAACAAAUGAACAAUUGAAAUGUAUUUAUAAAAUUCAGAAUCCCACCUUGAUUAAAAACAAGUUAUUCUAUAUGUGUAGUCCAUUCAAGUUGCCAUGAAUUCUUUGAUAUUGGACAUUUGUACUCAUAGCAGUGGCAGUUUGGUAUUGUAUUACUUGUGUAGACUAGAACAGCUAUGUUGAAAACUUUAAGUAGAAAUAUUUACAAAAAUGCCUUCUAACCCUGAGUGAUCAAGUGAUUUGAAAUAAGAGUGCAUUUAAAUGUUAAGCUCUCUAAAUCAGUGUGUACAGAAGAAACGUUACUUUAAUCACUCUGAAUAGUAACAAUAUUUCUUAUUAACUAUGAAGCAAUGCUUGUGCCUGCUAUUUUAGAUAUUACAUAGUUUAUUAAAUAAAGAUGUCUAGAAUAUUAUAAAAUCAGAGCCUUUGUGUUUAAUUAUGAAUGUCAAAAUAAUGAUGGAUAAUUAGAGAAGAUUUAACUUUAUCUGUUUAAUAAGGGAGAGAGAGCAAUGGAGCUGCUUUAUUGAAUGUAAGCGUGAAAUUUGCAUGAAAUGUAUUUACACAUGAUUUAUACCUUGAGCCGAGGAUACAGACUGCCAAUUUAAAGCAACAUUGUCAGUUGAAGGAUUGUCAUAAAUAGUAAAUCAUUUGAAACAUUUGAUAACUAAUUUUUUCUAGUUUAUUUGAGGAGUUUAAAUAUUUUGUCUCUGUACUGUAUUCUAUCAUUUGCAAAACUCCAUUAUAAUUUUUUAUUUGUCAGCAAAAUAAUAUUUUAAAGCACAGAGGAUGAUCAUAGGAUGAUGGAUUGUAGGAUCAUUGGAUGAUGAUAAAAGCAUCACCUCUCAAAGAAUUUAUCAAAAAGAAUAUCAAGUUUGGAAGUAUUUUUCUUCAUAUUCUUGAUUUGUAAUACUACCAGUUUCCUUUUUUAGACUCUAAAGGAAGACCAAUCUGAUUCAAAUUCAGUCAAAUUAAAAAACAUUAUCUGU